AUUGCAACCAUCACCUGCCAGUUCUCACUCGCCUCUAGCUCAGUUUACCGCACUACACUAUCUUCUUCCAUGGGGAUCCUUCUAUCAUUACCCAUUACGCUUGCAACAUCACUUGCGCUGUGCUGUGGCGCAGCGACCUGCUCCAUGUUCUGCCUGUCGCUCGGCGGGACCUUCUCGUCGUCGAUUCUUACACGCAUUACUUACGCAUUGAUCUUUGUGGUUAAUUCCGUCUUAUCCUGGGUGAUGCUCUCGCCCUGGGUGACGCGGCGACUAGAAAAGUUGAGUUUCGGCCUCGUAAAGUUCCAGUGCGAGGGCGAACAGUGCUCUAGUUUCAGCUCCGUGCACCGCGUUAACCUCGCGCUCGGGGUGUUCCACUUGGCGUUGGCGCUUUUGCUCACCAACAUACGCCUGACAUCUAAUCCGCGCGCGGUGAUCCAAAACGGCUGCUGGAAGGUGAAGAUCGCAGCCUGGUGGGGCUUUAUCGUGGGAAUGUUCCUCCUCCCAGAUGCGUUCUUCGUCUGGUGGGGCAACCACUUGGCGGUGGUGUUUUCCACCGUCUUUCUAGGUAUCGGCUUGAUUUUGUUGGUGGAUUUUGCACACGAGUGGGCUGAAACCUGUUUGGUGAAAAUUGAGGAAGGCGAGGCCGCGGGUGAAGAACCUGGCCUCUGGAAAAACCUCCUUGUGGGCGGAACCUUGUCGAUGUACGCGGGCACACUUAUCCUCACUGGCAUCAUGUACUGGUUCUUUGCUGGUUCUGGGUGCUCUAUGAAUCAGGCAGCCAUUACUGUCAACCUCAUCUUGGCGUUAGCCGUGUCGUCCACCUCCAUUCAUCCACUCAUCCAGGAGUUCAAUCCUCAGGCUGGUUUAGCCCAGGCCGCGAUGGUAUGUAUCUACGGGUCCUAUUUGACCAUGUCUGCCGUGGCUGCUGAGCCCGACGACAAGAUGUGCAACCCGUUGGUGCGGUCCAAGGGUACCAGAACCGCUUCCAUCGUGUUGGGGGCAUUCUUCACGUUUGUGGCGAUAGCCUAUACCACCACUCGUGCUGCUGCUAACUCCGCAUUCGGGGACUAUACUGGGGAAGAAGCUAGCCCCGGUCCCAUCACCGAACAACCGGUGAGAAAUGAAAUGCGCAUUGCUGCUAUCCAGGCGGCGGUUAACGAGGGCUCGUUGCCGGAGUCAGCAUUGACCCAGGCGUACUUGUAUGAUACCGAUGAAUCACGCGAAGUCGAUGAGGAACGCAGGGGCACCAAGUACAAUUACGCACUUUUCCAUGUGAUUUUCUUCCUUGCAACUCAGUACACUGCAACAUUAUUGACGAUGAACGUUGAGCAGGAUGACUUGGGUGAUUUUGUGCCAGUCGGACGCACGUAUUUCAUGGCGUGGGUCAAAAUCGUGAGUACCUGGGUGUGUUACUUGUUAUUUGAGUGGAGCUUGCUUGCCCCAGCGUUGUUCCCGGAUCGGUUUGCGGUGCAAUUGUAACAGGCUGUGUAAUAGGGUGAAAUAAAGGUCUUUGUUUACAGUAACAUCAAUUCUGCAUUGCAGGUUUAUAGUCAUAAGUGUUGUUUUUGCUCUUUGUAAUUACUAAAAAGACUCCUUAUGCCAAUUUAAGGUGCGGUAGUUAUGCGAUUAAUACCAGCAUGCCCCAGUGAUAAGCUGACUGUUUAACGGGUAAAAUGGACAAUU